CAGUAAUGGUUAGUCCACCAUUAUCUUCAUAAACCCUGACCAAUCUCUCUCUUCAAAAUUCAAACAAGAAAACCAUGUUGUUUUCUUCACAUCUACCUCGUUGGCUUCAAGUUCUUCUUACUGAGAAAUUCUUCAAUGCUUGUAUAAUUCAUGAAGAUGCCAAGAAAAACGAAAAGAAUAUCUAUUGUUUGGACUGUUGUAUCAGUAUAUGCCCUCACUGCUUGUCUCCUCACAGCUCUCACAGGCUUUUACAGAUAAGAAGGUAUGUCUAUCACGAUGUUAUAAGGUUGGAUGAUGCAACAAAAUUAAUGGACUGUGCGUUUGUCCAAUCAUACAUAACAAAUAGUGCAAAAGUGAUAUUUAUAAACCAAAGGCCACAGACAAGGCAGUUCAGAGGCUCCGGUAACUUCUGCAGUACCUGCGACAGAAGCCUUCAAGACCCUUAUCUCUUUUGCUCUCUCUCCUGCAAGAUUAAUUAUCUGUUAAGAACAGAAGAUGGGCUUUCCAAGUUCUUGUUUGAGUGCAAUUUUUUGCCUUUACCGGAGGCGGGUUUGGAUGAUAGCUUGGUAACACCUGACUCAGUCCUUGAUCCAUCUGGUUCGACCAAGACAUCAUCCGGGUCUGGCGGAUACGGUGAAAUGUGGUGCAGGACACUUGCUUGUACUGCCACGACAGAGAUUGUGAGAAAGAAGAGGAGUAGCUUAACUAUAUGUCGUCCGACAUGCCCUCCAGUGUCCGAAGUUUCAGGAAGUUUGAUGAACCGGAGAAAGAAAACUCCUCAGCGGGCUCCACUGUAUUGACACUUGAUGUCUAGGGAAGAGAGAGAGGUAGGGGAGAUUAUUGGAACAUUGUUGGUAUUUUCAUAUUUUCAUUUUAAGGCAAUUUACGGAUGAAAUGAUUGAGAAACAUCUCCCAA